GUCUUUGAGCGACCAUUGAUGGAUAACGGGUGACGUAAACAUUAAGCCUGAAAUUUGAAAAGUAUAGGAAAUACGUGCAUAUUUAAUGUAUUAAAUUAUAAAUUUCCUAGUUCAAUUUAAUGCUAACAUAGCCAUCGCAUCGGACUUAGUUUAACUAAUUUCAUAGCAAGGAAGGAGUUGGAGUUUUUUUGGUGGUAGUUAAUAAAAGUUUGAAGCGGAUUUCAAUAAUUGUAAUUAGGAGAAAGGCUUAAAAACGAAUAUAUUUUAAUUUAAAUAUUUAAAAGAUCUUUAGAAUGCAAUGCUUCCCCGUCGUCGAUAUGUUGGUGUAUCAGAGAGGCCGAUCCCUGUUGCAGAAGUAGAACCAUACAAUAAACUAGAUAAGAAGGGAACACACUUUCCUUCACAAUCGCCAAGUACUCAUUUCGAGAAAAAAUCCACUGACGGUUUAAGCGGUCAAAGUUUUGAUUUUGAUUUACUAGAAGAGUUUGUAUUUGAACCUGUAAUGGCCGCCAGGGAUAGAACACAGGAAUUUUCAGCUGCUGUUCGUAGCCUUCAAGGUCGAACUUUAGCAAGACCGAUCGUUAAAAAUGACCGUAAAGCGGCUGUCCUUGCCACAUAUUCACAGUUCAUGAGUAUGGCUAAGGUGAUAAGCAAAAAUAUUACUAGCACAUAUGCUAAAUUGGAGAAACUAGCUCUGCUUGCAAAGAAAAAGUCACUAUUCGAUGACCGGCCAACAGAGAUACAAGAAUUGACUUAUAUAAUCAAAGGAGACCUCAACUCUCUCAAUCAACAGAUUGCUCGCCUGGGUGAAAUGCCAAGGGGUCGCAAAAGCAUGCAUAGCCACUCCUCAAGUGUUGUCUUAGCUCUACAAUCCCGUCUUGCAUCAAUGAGCAAUCAGUUUAAACAGGUGUUGGAAGUCAGAUCAGAGAAUUUGAAACUUCAAAAUAGCAGACGAGAGCAAUUUUCAAGCUCAGCACCUAUUGUCAAGGAGGUGCCAUCACUCCUACGUGCAGAUGAUGUCAGCAUUGAUCUUGGAGAAGCUCCAUUACAAGCCCAACAGAUGGCAAUGAGAGAUGACAGUGACACUUAUGUGCAACAACGAGCGGAGACAAUGCACAACAUAGAAAGUACUAUUGUGGAAUUAGGAGGAAUAUUCCAGCAGUUGGCACAUAUGGUAAAAGAACAGGAUGAAGCAAUUGGGAGAAUCGACACAAAUAUUGCAGAAGCAGAAAUGAAUGUGGAAGCUGGGCACAGGGAAAUAAUGAAGUAUUUCCAAAGUGUUACUGGUAAUCGAGCAUUGAUGUUUAAAGUAUUUGGUGUCCUGAUAUUUUUCUUUAUUUUCUUUGUGGUAUUUAUGGCUUAAUAUCUUAUAUUCAAAAUUUGUCUAUAAUAGUAAUCAUUUGUAUAAAAUUUUACUUUUUAUUUCAACUCAUUCUAUAAACAAUUAUUGGUUGUAAGAUUUUGUUGAUUCAAUGUUAAGAUUACUGAUGGUAAUUAGUACAUAUGUUUAAGAAAAUAGGUAAUAUUAUAAAUAUAGGAUAAUUAAAGAGAACCUUACUUUUGAUUUUUUUUUAAUUUGGAUCCUGAAUACCAGUGUUUUAAACCAAUAUUGGUAUUUCAAUUUUACAAAGAUGUAUUUUACAUUCUGCAUCAUUUCUACUUUAAGAUAGAUUAUUAAGUUCAAACUAUUAUGUAUGAAAUUUUUUAUUUCUAUGAUAUCUGUAGUUGUAUUAAUGAUGAGGUUGGUAUUGUGCUGUAUUUGGAAUAAACAAUUUUUUAUAAUUAGUUCAA